UCCAUCAAAGUAAAAGCCAACUUCAACCAAGUGAAACUGUCAAGGAGGAUCAUUCAACCAGGCUGAUUAUAAUUAUUUUCUAGGCCUGAGAAUUUUGCCGAGUUUCUGACUGAGAAUAACGUGACUAUACUGUGUCAUUCAUUUAUCUAUAUCAUCUUCAAAAAAGGUUAUAAGGCUUCACAUCGUACCGUGAUAACCGUCUGUUUAACACUUUCUUUAAAAUACAACAAAGAUGGAGAGUUAUCUUGUUUUUUGUGGGUGCCUUCUUUUUGCUGGAAUGAUUGAAGCUGGAAGUAUGGGAAGUGAAUGUGGACUGGACUGUGUUCCAAAACAUCCCCAACAGCACUACUGUGAAGCAGAUUUUGUAAUUCGUGGAACUGUGUUAAAUCGGAAUUACACAACAAGAGAUGGUAUGCCAGACAUGGGAACGGGAAUGGAAGGAGACAUGCCAUUCAACUACUACGUUGUUUACAAAGUUCAAGUCGAAAAGGUCUACAAGGGAGCAUCAUACUUCAGUGAAGGGAUGGACGUGUAUAUCAAAACAGAAGCCGACAAUAAUAUGUGUGGGAUUGGAAACUUAAUGAACAGAAAGUCUUACAUGAUUUCAGGUCAAAAAGAGGAAGGUAUAAUGCUAAAUAUAAAUGGAUGUAAUUGGGUUGCUGAAUACAAGAAGUUGACACAGGCACAGAAGACAGGAGUGAAACGUCAGUAUGGGGCAAACUGCAACUCUUGUCAGGUAAAUUUUAAAUGUGUAACAACAAUAAUGGCAUUAGCAAUAGUAAAAGCAGUCAACAACAACAAUUGCAUUUUAAGCAGCAGCAAUAACAGUUUAUCAAUUACAAAAUUCAUAUAGAGAUUAACUUCUUAA